GGUGAAACCAGGCGAAGAGGCGAAGAAAAUGCUUGCAAGUUGCUCCAGAGCCGGGCCAGCGUCCCCAGUGUACGUGCCGGUGCGUAACUUCUCGAGAAGAAGAAUCGCGUACCCUUUCUACCCAACAAAGAGCAGGGGAAGAACCGAGAAGAAGGACCACAAGACAAACCUCAGAUUCCAAAUGGAGCAGUUCCUGGGCAAGAAGAACUUCAAGGGCGAAUACGCCAGUAACAAGUACUUCAGUGCACCAAAGAACCACCAGCCGAACUAUAUCACGCCGGAUUUGGAAAAUGGACAGGCCCUGGUGGACUUGCAGAGUGGUAAGCCACUGGACAUCAAGGGAAAUGUGCUGGAGUCCACCGCCUUUGUUAGACCGGAGAGAAAGCUGAUGCCCUUCCCUUCGAACCCGUUCUGCCAGACCAACCUGGCACUGACCAACGAGGACAAGGAGGAGAUCUACACAAAGGUGUGUGUGCAAAAGGUGCCAAUCCAGGAGGUUGCCGUGAACUUUGGUAUAAAGAUCCCAAGAUUGGAGGCCGUUGUUAGGCUGAAAGAGAUUGAAAAGAAAUGGCAGAAGCAGAACAGAAUAACGCCAGAGAUCAAGACGAUGUCAUCUACGAUGUACAAGAUGUUCCCGUUGUUCGAGAGACCAAGACAUUCGGAUAACCUGUCUGAGAUUCCUGUCCCUGUGAAGACUUUGCAAUCGAGAUUCCUCACAAUUGCAGAGUCUGAACCUUUUGGACCAAUUGAUGCUGCAAAGGUGUUUGACUUGGAGCCAGCAUCGGAAACGUUGCAGAGAUUGGCUGAAACCGGUCAUCAUGCCACUGUCAGCAACAAGAAGGAUAAGCAGGUGUUUGUUGCGGAAUCAGCACCAAAGGAUAGAUACGUUUUCAAGUUCCACAAGGCUAAGGUUGGACAGGUUGGCUUCAGAUACGGUGCUACGCUCCGUGAUAACAAGAAGGAUAGAAAGUUCUCCUACGAUGACUCUGGUAAGAUGGUCAAUGCCCUGCCAACUUCAGGCUAAAGCCUUUGUAAACAUGUAUAUAGCUUAAGAAUUCCUCCCACGACAAU